AUGAGGGAUGUUCUUAGUGGCAAGAAAAGUUGUGUACCCAAGGAGACCAUGCAACUCACGGAGAGUUGUAGCGCUUUAAUUCAAAGCUCCUUCCCUCCAAAACUCAAAGAUCCAGGGAGUUUUUCUAUCCCUUGUAGCAUUCAAAAGCUCCAAUUUGAUAAUGCUCUUUGUGAUUUGGGGGCAAGUUUGAGUAUCUUGCCAUAUAAGAUCUUUGAGAAGCUCAAUCUAGGUGAUCUCUCUCCUACCGCCAUGUCAUUGCAACUAGCCGAUCGAUCAGUUAUGUAUCCAUUGGGUAGAAUUGAGGAUGAUCCCCUCGCUAUUGGCAAGCUUACUUUUCUUGUUGACUUCGUAGUCUUGGACAUCGAUGAGGAUACCCUUACCCCUAUUAUCUUAGGGAGGCCAUUUUUGGCUACCGCAGGUGCCCUUAUUGAUGUGCAAGGGGCGCUAAUCACCUUGAAAGUGGGUGAUUCAAAAGCUAGCUUCAAGAUUCCCCUUGGUGAAGGGUGUUUUUCAAAGAUGAAAAGUUGUAUGAAGGUAGAGACUAUUGCUUGUAUUGAGAGCCAUUGCUCACAUGCUAACACUUCUAAUGACUUUUGUGUUUCUAAGUGUGCUAAUGAGCUUGCUAGGUCCCCUCCCAAUGACAAGAAGGUUCAUGUGAUCCCAAGGGUUUUGGGGGAUAAUUUUGAUGAUAUCAUAUCCAUUCCCGAGAUAUUUGGGAUGCAUGUGGAUGAUGAUGCUAGAGAUUCGGCCUCCAAAGUGAUUCAUGACUCGGCGAAAAAAGCCAAGAGACCCAAGAAAGGCAAGGAGAAGCUUGGUGGUGGUUAA